AUGACGGUCGCGCUGGGCGUCCUCUACAGCGUGGCGCUCUUCAAGAUGCGCCAGAUGCUGAACGAUCGUGAAGAGGACCUCCCGGAGGCCAUGGUCAAGGAGAUCAUAUCAAGCGUCGUCAACGUGGCCCACCUCCGACGCUUCGCUGAGGAGCUUGUUGUAGGGGCAAUCCUCAAGGGGCAUCUCCUCAACUCGCUCAUCCGCAUUGAAUACUAG